CGGGGAACUGCCUUGGGAAAGAUGGAAGCAGUGACGCAGGAAACCGGCUAACUUUAUCUAGAGGGGUGCGGGUGCAGGUGGAACGGCAGGGCUAGCACCGUCUGCAUCUGCUCGCAGGAGAAGAAGACGGAAAAAAACUGCAUUCUAUUUUCCGCGUACUGGAUCCAAAUUAUCCUGCCAUUCCAGGAAUAUUACACCGCUGUUCAAACUGGGGGAGUUGAGACGACACAAAGGCCCGGUUCUGGGGGAAUGAAAGAGGAGGUAUCUCUGUAGGCCUCGCUGCUGGCUUCCUGAAAGGAGGACAGGGCACCUGCUGGAAGAAGGCCAGCGUCUGACAUUUGAAAUCGCGGGAAACCGGGAACCAUGCAAUUAUUCUGCCAUCCGCCUGACGCGAGAUAGCUCCGACAGACUUCCGCGGCCGGGUCUGCUGCAGUCGUUCAUCCUCCCCCCGUUCCUCCAUCCCGACGCAAACCGGCAGACGUGACGCGUCCGUGUUCUCCGAGCCAAAGAGUCUGCUGGGAAACUGCAACCCGGGGGGGGAAAACAGACGCAAAACAGGAAACGGGAAAAGUCUGUUCUCCACUUUCCUUGGACACCACCCAAUGGAGAAGCUAAGAAGAGAAUCAGGGUAAAGGGCCAAAACAUUUAGGAAAAAAAACCUCAGUCUGAGAAUCAGCCUCGUUUUUACGGGUUUGGAACUACACCCCGCGAGAAUCAAUCCCGCCGUCGUCGUAGGAGGACCUCGGAAACGUGGACGUUCCUCAUUCGGGCACGGAUAACGAGAAAUUGAAAGAAGGCGCGUUUUCUUCGUUUUCCGGGCGGUGGAUUAAUCCCGGAAGCCGGAUUACAGGACAGCGCGGGGGCGGAUCAGGACUGGGAUCUGGGACGAUGCGCGUGGAUCGGCGGCUCCUCGGCCGGCCCGUUUGGGCGGCGGUGGCGGUUCUGGCGCUGGCGGUGAGCGUGUCGGGGCUGGAGUUCGGCGGCGGCCCGGGCCAGUGGGCGCGGUACGGCCGGUGGGAGGCCGGCUCGGGGGGAGAGCUGAGCUUCAGCCUGAAGACCAACGCCAGCAAGGCGCUGGUGCUCUACCUGGACGACGGAGGCAACUGCGACUUCCUGGAGCUGCUCGUCGCUGGCGGGCGACUCCAGCUCCGCUUCGCCAUCCACUGCGCCGAGCCCGCCGGCGUCGUCAUGGAGACGGCGGUCAACGACGACCGCUGGCACAUGGUCCUGCUGACCCGCAACUACCGCGAGACCAUGCUGGUGGUGGACAGCGAGGCCAAGGUGGCGGAGGUCAAGUCCAAGCGGCGCGAGAUGGCGGUGGUCAGCGACCUCUUCGUGGGCGGGAUCCCGCCCGACGUGCGCCUCUCCGCCCUCACCUCCAGCACCGUCAAGUACGAGCCGCCCUUCCAGGGCCUCAUCGCCAACCUGAAGGUGGGGGAGACGCCCCCGACUCUGCUCAACAGCCAGGGCAUUCAGAGUGACCUGGAGUACCUAUGCACCAAGCAGAACCCCUGUAUGAACGGCGGGUUCUGCACCAUCCAGUUCGGGGAGGUGGUGUGCGACUGCACCCUCACCCGCUUCCGGGGGAAGUACUGCAGCGAAGUGGAGGAAUACGCAGCUGAAGGUCUGGCGCACCUGACGUUAAACAGCCAAGCAGGAGCCUCGUCUCAGACGGCCACACCCUGGGCUGAAGGUGAUUCAUCGCAAGCCGGGAAGGAGGAGUCGGUGGCCACCUUCAAGGGCAACGAGUUCUUCUGCUACGACCUGUCCCUGACGCCCAUCCAGAGCAGCACGGACGAGAUCACGCUGUCCUUCCGCACCCUGCAGCGCAACGGGCUGAUGCUGCACACGGGCAAGUCGGCCGACUACGUCAACCUGUCGCUGAAGAGCGGCGCCGUCUGGCUGGUCAUCAACCUGGGCUCCGGCGCCUUCGAGGCCCUGGUGGAGCCCGUCAACGGCAAGUUCAACGACAACGCCUGGCACGACGUCCGCGUCACCCGAAACCUGCGCCAGCACGCGGGCAUUGGACACGCUAUGGUCACCAUCUCUGUGGACGGGAUCCUGACCACCACAGGGUACACACAGGAGGACUACACCAUGCUGGGCUCCGACGACUUCUUCUACAUCGGGGGGAGCCCCAACACGGCCGACCUGCCCGGGUCCCCCGUCAGCAACAACUUCAUGGGCUGUCUGAAGGAUGUGGUGUACAAGAACAACGACUUCAAGCUGGAGCUGUCGCGCCUGGCCAUCGACCGGGACCCCAAGAUCAGCCUCCACGGGGACCUGGUGUUCCGCUGCGAGGACGUGGCCGCCCUGGACCCCGUCACCUUCGAGACCCCGGAGUCCUACAUCGCCCUGCCCAAGUGGAACACCAAGAAGACGGGCUCCAUCUCCUUCGACUUCCGCACCACGGAGCCCAGCGGGCUGCUGCUGUUCAGCCACGGGCGGCCCCAGGGCGGCCAGGAGCAGCGGCCGGGCCGCGAGCUCAAGAGCGACUACUUCGCCGUGGAGCUCCUGGAGGGGUACCUGUACCUGCUCAUGGACAUGGGCUCCGGCAGCAUCAAGAUCAAGACCAGCAACCGCAAGGUCAACGACGGCGACUGGUGCCACGUGGACUUCCAGAGGGAGGGCCGGAGAGGCUCCAUCUCGGUGAACAGCCGCAGCACGCCGUUCAGCUCCAACGAGGGCAGCGAGAUCCUGGACCUGGACAGCGAGAUGUACCUGGGGGGGCUGCCGGAGACGCGCUCCGACCUGGUGCUGCCCCCGGAGGUGUGGACGGCGCUGCUGAACCUGGGCUACGUGGGCUGCGUGCGCGACCUCUUCAUCGACGGGAAGAGCCGCGACGUGCGCCGCCUGGCCGAGAUGCAGAGCGCGCCGGGCGUCAGCAGCUUCUGCACCCGCGAGCUGCAGAAGAAGUGCGGCAGCGCCCCCUGUGGCAACGGAGGGCAGUGCAGGGAGGGCUGGAACCGCUACAUCUGCGACUGCACCGGCACCGGCUUCCUGGGGGAGAACUGCGAGAUCGAGGCCACGGUGCUGAGCUACGACGGCAGCAUGUACCUGAAGGUCCUGCUGCCCGGCACGCUGCACACGGAGGCGGAGGACGUGGCGCUGCGCUUCAUGUCCCAGCGGGCCUACGGCCUGCUCAUGGCCACCACCUCCAAGGAGUCGGCCGACACCCUGCGUCUGGAGCUGGACGGCGGACGCGUCAAACUCACCGUCAACCUCGAUUGUAUCAGGAUAGACUGUAAUCUCAGUAAAGGGCCCGAGACGCUGUUCGCCGGUCAGAAGCUCAACGAUAACGAGUGGCACGCCGUCAAGGUGGUGCGCCGCGGGAAGAACCUGCAGCUGUCCGUCGACAACGUGACCGUCGAAGGCCAAAUGACGGGCGCCCACACGCGGCUGGAGUUCCACAACAUCGAGACGGGCAUUAUGACGGAGCGGCGCUUCAUCUCCGUGGUCCCCUCCAACUUCAUCGGGCACCUGCAGGGCCUGUCGGUCAACGGCGUGCCCUACCUGGACCAGUGCAAGAACGGCGACAUCUCGUACUGCGAGCUCAACGCCCGCUUCGGCAUGCGGCACAUCAUCGCCGACCCCGUCACCUUCCGGACCAAAGGCAGCUACCUGGCGCUAGCCACCUUGCAGGCCUACGCCUCCAUGCACCUCUUCUUCCAGUUCAAGACCACCUCCACCGACGGCCUGCUGCUCUACAACAGCGGGGACGGCAGCGACUUCAUCGUGGUGGAGCUGGUCAAGGGGUUCGUGCACUACGUGUUUGACCUGGGCAACGGGCCGUCGCUGAUGAAGGGGAACUCGGACAAGCCGCUGAACGAUAACCAGUGGCACAACGUGGUGGUGUCCCGGGACGCCGGUAACGUCCACACGCUGAAGAUCGACUCCCGCACCGUGACGCAGCACUCCAACGGAGCCCGCAACCUGGACCUCAAAGGAGAGCUGUACAUCGGGGGCGUGGUGAAGAGUCGGUACAACACCCUGCCCAAACUGAUCGCGUCCCGGGAUGGGUACCAGGGCUGCCUGGCCUCAGUGGACCUGAACGGGAGACUCCCCGACCUGAUCGCAGACGCCCUCCACAGGGUGGGGCAGGUGGAGCGGGGCUGUGAGGGCCCCAGUACUACCUGCAUGGAGGACUCCUGCUACAACCAGGGCGUGUGCCUCCAGCAGUGGGAGGGCUUCUCCUGCGACUGCACCAUGACGUCCUAUGGGGGCUCGUACUGCAGCGAUCCUGGGACCACCUACAUUUUCGGAAAGGGAGGAGCCCUCAUCACGUACACCUGGCCCCCCAACGACCGGCCGAGCACACGGGCAGACCGGCUGGCGGUGGGGUUCAGCACACAGCUACGGGAGGCCAUCUUAGUGCGGGUGGAGAGCGCGACGGGACUGGGAGACUACCUGCAGCUGCACAUAGAACGGGGAAAGAUCGGCGUGAUCUUCAACGUGGGAACGGACGACAUCACCAUCGACGAGGGCGCGGUCGCCGUGAGCGACGGGAAGUACCACGUGGUGCGCUUCACCCGCAGCGGCGGGAACGCCACGCUCCAGGUGGACAGUCAGCCCGUCAUCGAGAGAUUCCCCUCAGGUCGGCAGCUGACCAUCUUUAACAGCCAGGCGUCGAUCAGGAUCGGGGGUCGGGACAGGGGCCGGCCCUUCCAGGGGCAGAUUUCGGGGCUCUACUACAACGGGCUGCAGGUCCUCAAGCUGGCGGCGGAGGGGGACCCCAACGUCCAGGCCGAGGGGAACCUGCGUCUGGUGGGGGACGUGCCGUCCGUCCUCACCACUGACACCACCUCCACCACCCCCCUGGCUGACAUGUCCACCACCAUCAUGGAGACCACCACCACCAUGGCCACCACCACCACCCGCAAACAGCGCUCGCCCACCAUGAGGGACAGCGUCACGCCGAACACGGACGACCUGCUCGUGGCAUCGGCCGAAUGCCCCAGUGACGACGAGGACCUGGAGGAGUGUGAGCCGGGAACCGCCAACCCCACGGCACCCGAGCGGGGCCCUCCGGGCGCGGUGGAGGUGUUCCGGGAGUCCAGCAGCACCACGGGCAUGGUGGUGGGCAUCGUGGCGGCCGCCGCCCUCUGCAUCCUCAUCCUGCUCUACGCCAUGUACAAGUACCGCAACCGCGAGGAGGGCUCCUACCAGGUGGACCAGACCCGGAACUACAUCAGCAGCUCCGCCUCGCAGAGCAACGGCGCCGUCGUCAAGGAGAAGCAGCCGGGCGCCGCCAAGACCGCCACCAAGAACAAGAAGAACAAGGACAAGGAGUACUACGUCUGA